AUGACUGAGAUCUUGCGCAUCCGAGCGACCUGGGGAGUCGAUGGAGGGAAAAAUUACGAGAAUUUCGCCCGAUGGUUCCCGGAAUUGAAAGCCAAAGGAUACGCUGGCAUUGAAAUCAACGUCAACGGUGAAUCAGACUUCCUUCCAGAUCUCCCCGUGCUCAGGAAGGUCUGUGACGACAAUGGACUGGAAAUCGUUGUCCAGAUUGUUUCCCACUGGCCGCACGCAGCUGGUCCUCGGCCUGUUGGUCUUCAACCACAACAACAUGUGGAAUACUACCGAAAGCAGCUGGAAAAGGCCAAUGAAUUGCGCCCGCUCAAGAUUAAUGCCCAGUCUGGCGCGGAUUACUGGACCCUGGAAGAAUCCGUACAAUUUUACAAGGCAACCAUCGAGAUUGACGCUGAGCUCGGCCUUGCUGGCAAAGUAGUCCACGAGACACAUCGCAACCGCUCUCUUUUCACCCCAUAUGCCACAGCGCAUAUCAUUCGCGAAGUGCCCAAGCUUCGCAUUACUGGUGAUUUCUCCCACCAUGUUGUCUGCUGUGAGCGGCUCCUAGAUCUCGGAGAAGAGGACAAACAGCUCCUCACCGAGAUAAUCCCACAUGUCUCCCAUAUCCACGCCCGCAUUGGAACAACGCAAGGCUCUCAGUGCCCGGAUCCAUCUGACCCCACGUUCGUCGCUGAGAAGACCUUCUUCGACAACCUCUGGACCAGAAUUGUGAGGGACUGGUCUAAGAACAACCCGGGUGCUCCCGUCACCUUCACUCCCGAAUAUGGUCCCUACCCAUACCAUGCUUACAAUGCUGUGAGGGAUUAUUCAGAGGUUGCCGAUACGGAAGGGGCGCGGUUACAGAGUCUCUUCCAGGCGACGCUCGCCAGUGCAAACUGA